UCGACCCGCUCCGGACGUGGAGAAACCAGUACAAACAUCAUGUUCCAGGACCGCUGCUGCGACGACGAUGAGCGCCGCCAGCUCAUCCGCCGCAUACUCAUCGGCAUCCUGGCCCUAACCGGCCUAAUACUUUUCAUCAUCAUCUUGAUACUCAUCAUCUUGAGACCCACCAAACCCCGUUUCACACUCCAGGAUGCAGCUCUUUACGCCCUCAACUCCAACGAAUCACCUUUUCCCACCCUCAACCUCACCAUGCAGGCCACUUUCUCUGCUCAAAAUCCCAAUGACCGAAUCGGCGUUUUCUACCGCUCCCUCGAGGUCUACGUUACCUACCGCGACCAGCAGGUCUCGCUGACCGUGCUCCUCCCUCCCGCCUACCAAGACCACCACGACAUCACCUUCUGGUCGCCCUACUUGUACGGCAUCUCCGUGACCGUGCCACCAUACGCGGUGGACGCUCUGCAGCAGGAUAAGAAUGCUGGGGCGGUGAUGCUGAAGGUGGUGGUCGAAGGAAGAGUUAAAUGGAAGGUGGGUUCGUGGGUAUCCGGGACGUACCACCUCCAUGUCAACUGUCCCGCUUAUAUCAGGCUCGCCGGUAGCCGGAUCAAUGGGAUCCAAAGUUGCGGUGUUGAUGUUUAAUGCAUUUCAUGUGAGAGUGUAGUCAUAAUCAAAAUAGCUGUUGAUGAUAUAUAUAGAGAGAGAGACAGAGAGUGAUUUACCUUGACCUAAAACACUCUUCGUCUUGUUUAUUUUCUUCCACGUGAGCGAGAUAAUCGAUAUAUCUCGUCGAGUCCUCGAUGUUUCCAUGGAUAACCAAUAAGCCAGAUUAAUUAAUUUCAGUUCU